GCCAUGUUUUUGAUCACCAGGAAUUCUCCUCCAACCUCAGCUUCCUCAUCACCUUAUUUGUGGCCCUGGCUGUUUUCUCCCUCAUCCUCAUCCUGGUCUGCAUCGAGAGCAUCUUCCAGGAAUGCACAAGGGUCUUCUCGGUCAUCAUCUGGGCUUGUCUCCUAGCCAUGGGCUACAUCUUUGUAUUCACCAGUGGAGUGGUCAGUGCCUGGGACCAGGUCUCAUUCUUCCUCUUCAUCAUCUUUACCGUGUACACCAUGCUGCCCGUGUGCAUGCGGGAUGCCGUGGUCGCUGGCCUUGCCUCCUCCCUCUCCCACAUCAUUGUUUUGGGCGUCUACCUGUCAGCCGGGAGGGGGUCACGGGCUGAGCUGGCUGUGCAGCUGCUGGCCAACACGGUGAUCUUCAUCUGUGGCAACCUGGUGGGAGCCUAUCACAAGCACCUGAUGGAGGUGGCUUUGCAGGAGACCUUCCAGGAGACCUUCAAACUCAUCCAGUCCCGAGUCAAGCUGGAGUCUGAGAAACGGCACCAGGAGCACCUCCUUCUCUCCAUCCUGCCCGCGUACAUCGCCAUGGAGAUGAAGGCCGAGAUCAUCGAGCGGCUGCGGGAUGGGGGUCAUCAGGAAAGUCCAAACAAUUUCCACAACCUCUACGUCAAGCACCACAAGAACGUCAGCAUCCUGUACGCCGACAUCGUGGGGUUCACAAGGCUGGCCAGCGAGUGCUCCCCGAAAGAGCUGGUCCUGAUGCUCAACGAGCUUUUUGGCAAGUUUGACCAGAUUGCCAAGGACAAUGAGUGCAUGCGCAUCAAGAUCUUGGGUGACUGCUACUACUGUGUCUCGGGCCUGCCAGUCUCACUCCCCAACCACGCACGCAACUGUGUCAAGAUGGGUCUGGACAUGUGCCGGGCUAUCAAGAAGCUACGGGAUGCCACCGGUGUGGACAUCAACAUGCGGGUCGGGGUGCACUCGGGGAACGUGCUGUGCGGGGUCAUAGGGCUCCAGAAGUGGCAGUACGAUGUCUGGUCCCAUGAUGUGACGCUGGCUAACCACAUGGAGGCUGGAGGAGUGCCAGGGAGGGUGCAUAUAACAGAGGCCACCCUGUCUCACUUGGGAGGGGUCUAUGCUGUGGAGGAAACCUGUCGCUGGCAGCGUGACCCCUUCCUGAAGGAGAACAAAGUAAAGACGUUCCUGGUCAUUGACCCCUGGGCGAGAGCGGAAAGCUGCAAUACCCUGUCCCCGGUGCCUGGGGAGGGCCCGAAGAUGAGGGCGUCGGUCCGUAUGACCCGCUACCUGGAGUCCUGGGGGGCCGCCAAGCCCUUUGCCAACCUCAAGCACCUCGAUACCAUCCCAGCUGAUCAGCCAGGAUUCACCAGGAACAACCAUUCGGAUAGCUCUCUGGGGUCCCUGAACCAGGCAAAGACCAUGGAGCGGGUUCGUUCCCCCAAGGGGCCGGAUGAGGAGCUUGAUGGGGUGGAUGAGAAAUUCUUCCAGGUGUUGGAACAGCUCAACUCCCAGAAACAGUGGAAGAAGUCGGAGGAUUUUAACCGCAUCACCCUGUACUUCAAGGAGAAACUCAUGGAGAAGGAGUAUCGACUCUCCGCUCUGCCUGCCUUCAAGUACUACACGGCCUGCACCUUCCUGGUCUUCCUCUCCAACUUCCUCAUCCAGAUGCUGGUGGCCCACAAGACCCCAGCUCUAGGAAUCUCCUACGGCAUCUCCUUCUUCCUCUUCAUCCUCCUCCUCUUCAUCUGCUUCGCUGGGAACCUGGCGAAGUGCUUCCAGAAAGGCCCCAAGAUGCUGUACUGGGUGCCCUCCCUCUCCACGGCCGUCUGCACCCAGCCCUGGCUCCGGGUCACCCUGGGCGUCACCACCAUCCUGGUUGUCCUCACCAUGGCGAUGUUCAACUUCUUCUUCAUACCCACGCCCUGGUGUCCUCCACCAUCCCAUAAUCCCACGGUGCCAGUGAAUGCCACACGAGAAUCUCCCUCGACCGAUUCCUUAUUCAGCAUUCCGUACUACGUUUACUGUUGCAUCCUGGGACUCCUCUCCUGCUCACUCUUCCUCCACAUGAAUUUUGAACUCAAAUUCCUGAUGCUGACGCUUUGCCUGGUGAUCUACAAUGUCCUCUUCCUCCGCAGCCACGCCUGGCUCUCCGACUGCUACGUCGGGCGCCUCUACCCCAACCAGACCGUGCUCAGGCCGGGGGUCCUGAAGGAACCCAAGCUGAUGGGAGCCGUUUCCUUCUUUGUCUUUUUCUUCACUCUGCUGGCCCUGGCUAGACAAAAUGAGUAUUAUUGCCGCCUUGACUUCUUGUGGAAGAAGAAGUUCAAGAAGGAGCGCGAGGAGAUCGAGACCAUGGAGAACCUGAACCGUGUCCUGCUGGAGAAUGUGCUCCCGGCCGACGUGGCGCAGCAAUUCAUCGGCCAGAACCGGCGUAACGAGGACCUUUACCAUCAAUCCUAUGACUGUGUCUGUGUCCUCUUCGCCUCCAUCCCCGACUUCAAGGAGUUCUAUUCCGAGUCCAACGUCAACCACGAAGGGCUGGAGUGUCUGCGGCUGCUCAAUGAGAUCAUUGCGGAUUUUGACGAGCUGCUCUCGAAGCCAAAAUUCAGUGGCGUGGAGAAGAUCAAGACCAUUGGCAGCACCUACAUGGCAGCUACGGGAUUAAAUGCCACUUCUGGCCAGGACAACCAGCAGGAUGCCGAGAGGAGCUACACCCACCUGGGCAUCAUGGUGGAGUUCGCGGUGGCCCUGAUAGCCAAGCUGGAUAUCAUCAACAAACACUCCUUCAACACCUUCAAACUCCGUGUGGGUAUAAACCAUGGCCCCGUGGUGGCUGGUGUGAUCGGAGCCCAGAAACCCCAAUAUGACAUUUGGGGAAACACGGUGAAUGUGGCAAGUCGCAUGGAGAGCACUGGGGUGCUGGGGAAGAUCCAGGUCACAGAGGAGACAGCCAGGGCCCUGGAGACCCUGGGUUACACCUGCUAUCUCCGUGGGGUUAUCAAGGUAAAGGGCAAAGGCCAGCUACGGACCUACUACGUCUGCACUGACCUGUCCCGCUGUGGCCUGCAGGCCCCCAUGCUCAGCUGAGAGCUCCCCCCUGGACAAAUGGACACAGCCCAGCCUACAGAGGGCUGGUCUCCUUCCGUCCCACUGCAGUACUUCCUCUCCAGCACUCGGGGGAGCCGGCACAGGAGACUGAUGGCUUUGCAUUCAUCCACUCAUGUCACGACUUGAUGCCUAGAUUCAGUCUUUUACAAUGGGACAAGCAAAGGGCUGGGGGAGAUUUUGGGGGGUGGCUCAGAGGGUGAUGACCCCCACCUGAAGGAGGCAUGGAAGGGGGGGCUGGUUUGAGGUGGAUGGGGUUCAGAGGGGAAUGACACCCCUGAAGAGCUGUGUGAGUCAGGAUGGGUGAGUUAAUAUGGGGGUACAUGGAGAGCUCGGAAUAACAUGAUCCCCCUCAGUGAGGGUCUGGGGGAGCUAGAUAAGGAGAGUCCCCCCUCUUCCCCUUUAAUCCCUCUUCCUUGAAGGCCGCCCACCCCCCCAGCCUCCAGGCCCCGGAUGUGCUGUUUUCUCAGCCUCAUGUGUUUAUGUGCUUCCUGUUACCCAAGAUCAGUGGCAGGAAACCGCAGCUUCCGGAGAGACCAGAACUGGCUUCCCCGGGAAGAUCAUCCUUCCCCAGGGUGUGCCAGAGCCUGGGGGGGGAUGUUGAAGGGGGGAUUGUGUGUGCAGAGUAGGGAGGGAGAGAGGUGUGUGUGUGUGUGUGUGUGUGUGUGUGUGUGUGUGUGUGUGUGUGUGUGUGUGUGUGUGUGUGUGUGUGUGUGUAGGGGGAAUUCCCUAUAGUUUUAAUAUAGGCAGGGCCAUUAGUCAGCCUACUGAUUGCCUGGCAGCUCCCAUUAUAAGACCCUGUUUUCUGAUAAUCUCGCUGAACUCAGGCUGAAAUUUCCCACGCCAGGUAUCUGCCUCAGACUAAUUGUUUUUUCUGGAAAGUUUGAGACGAAUACGUUCAGCCGUUUCGGAGGGCGAGGCUAGUGAAAAAUCCACUGUUUUGCCCAGGUGGACUUCUGGCGAGCUUCUCUUUCAGCAGCCCCAGUGGCCCCUUGCAUCCGAGCAGGAACUUGGCAAUUUGGCAGCUAAGAGCCUCUGAAGAUUCGCUCCGUACCUGAGGCUCACCAGGGCUUUCCCUGCAGUUGCAGCGCUGGGCCGAGAUGAUGCUGAGGACAAGCACUGGGAGCAGGGCUCUUGGCUCAUUUCUGCUCUCAAUGCCCCUCUGCCGGGCCCAGGAGACGGACGCUGCCUGAUUUGAAUGAAGAGGGGAGAAAAUUGGGUGGGGGGAAUUAGGCAAGGGGAAUGAGGAGCCUGGGAGGGCAGGGGAGGGGGCACAGCUUGGACGUGGGCAGAGUAUGGCACUAGGAGCUGAGAAGGGACUGGGACUGGCUGGGACCAAGAAGAGACUGGGGCUGUCUGGACAACGAGACUAGGGCUGUCUGGGCAGGGAGCCUGGGACUGGCUGGGGAAGGAGACUGGGAGCUAAGAAGAGACAGUGGGGCUGGGAGCUGCUGGGGUGGGGGAUUUUUAGGCCAGAAGUGGGCAAUAGAUCAUUUAGUCUGACCUCAGAGGACACUGGGUCUGGCUGGACAAGGAGCCUGGGAUUGGAAGCCAGGGAGAGAAAUGGAAAGUGGGGUGAGGGGGGCUGGGAGCCAGGAGGUGCUGGGGUGGGGAGACUGAGUGCAGACGAGGCACUGGUACAGGAGCAAACAGCUGUGCAACCGACGCUUGUUCCCCUCUAGUGCAGGGCCACAUAGAGGAUGACAACCUACUACUGCUACCAGUUAUUCUGCAGAUCUCUGUGUGGUGGAUCCAGUGAUUCCAGCCCUGCUGAGGAGCCAUGUGGGUGUCAAUAUGAUGCCACAUGGGGGGAUUUCUGUGUAGGGUUUUGUUUUUUCAGUUUGCUUUUGUAAAAACCCAGGAAAUCACCCACAAAAGCUACAUUAAAAGAAUAUUAUUAAGGUUACAAAGCUGAGCAUGCCCAAGGGAGGAAAUGCCCAAAUUCAGGGGGGCCUGUGCAAAACGGCCUUUGGUAAUGGUCUUUUCACGUAGUUUUUUGUGGAUGUAAUUAUUCUAUUUAAGGUCAUGUAGGAAUACACAGCAUUACUGAUUUGUAA